AGAGAGACAGAGUUUGAGCAGGGGAGGGACAGAGAGAUGGGGAGACACAGAAUCCGAAGCAGGCUCCAGGCUCCGAGCUGUCAGCAUGGAGCCCGAUGCAGGGCUCCGGCCCACGAACCUCAAGAUCAUGACCUGAGCUGAAGUCAAAUGCUUAACUGACUGAGCCACCCAGUCGCCCCGAAACACUGUGGUUCUUAGCAGCGUGCUUAUUAUUCUGAUUUCUUGAUUUCUCAGCUUCAGGUAGUAUCUCUUGAUUUCCCAUUAUGGCAGAUGAGGAUUCAGUUCUUUCUCAACAUCCACAGAUAUCCUUUUUCUUCUCCGAUCCUAGUGUAAUUGUUCAUAAAUUUGCUUAGAUUGGUAUUCAGUAUUUAUACAGUUAAGACUGAACAUGCUAUUCACAGUUAAGCCAUGGAGCAAUCUAUGAACACUUGUACUUUCCUGUACAACUUUUGGUUUUCCCUGAAAUGUUUAUUUUUCUUUGUUAUUAUUUACUUUAAACUUCUCUCUAAUGUAGCUCAAAUUGCAACUUGUUCAUAUUUCCUUUCAGGAAGUUCAGACAGUUAAGGUAUUCUCUUAGUUUCCCUUAUUCCUGAAGAUGUGCUUCCAUCUGGACUGAUUGCCCACUUUUUUUUAUGCACAGCUCUUAUCCUGGGACUUCCCUUCAUCCACAUCUUGAGGAUGCUCCUUGCCUUUUUGUUUUGGAUUUCUUGUUUUCUAGAUCUCUUAUUUCCCUGUUUCUUGCUUUAUGCUUUUGUUUUGGCAGAAGGUAUUCUGAUACAUUAGGUUCCUGAUAAUUUAUGUGAUUGGUUCUUUUCUUCGUUUCUGUGUUUAAAAUUGCACAAUAAGGUGCCUUAGUGUGAGUUUGGUUCCAUUGAGUACUUGGCAAACCCUUUCAAUCUGGGAACUAUUUUGUUGAUGACUUUCCUUUUUUUACUUUUUUACUUCAUGUAAGUAAUCUCUAUACCCAACGUGGGGCUCGAACUCACAACCCAGAGAUCAAUAAUUCCAAGCUCUUCCAACUGAGCCAUCCAGGUACCCUGACUUUCUCCCCCUCUUAGUUUUCUCUUAAACUCUUGAUGCUCUGAUUUUGGACUUCCUGGACUGAUCUUCCAAUCUUCUUAUGCUGUUCUAAGGAGUUUUUCAUUUUAGCUAUUGCAUUUUUAAUUACCAACAAGGCAUGCUUUUGCUCACUUUCAUUUUCUGACUCUUUUUAGUUUUAUUUUGUUUUAACUUACUGUUCUUUGCGUGUUCUUUGCGUUGUUUUAACUUACUGUUCUUACUAUGUUUGCAAUAUUUUCUCUUAUGUUUCUGAAUAUAUUCAUGGUAUCUUUUCCCCCAGAAUUUUCUUUACCCUGCAUAGUCUCUGUAAGGACUAGCUACAUAAUUUGCAGGGCCAAGUUCAGAGUGACAGUGUACAGGGCCCCUUGUUAACAUUUAUUAGAGAAUUUCAAGACAGCAACGGCAGAGCAUUAAAUCUAACACAGGGAUCUUCUAAGUGCAGGGCACUGUGUGACUGCCUAGGUCACAUGCCUGCAAAGCAUGUGCUGUCUCUUCCAACUUGCUUUUUCUGUUUCAUUUCUUUGUGCUAGAGAGGUCUAGCAAUUCUUGGCUAUUUGCUAAUAUUUAAUAGUGGGAUCCUAGAAUUCUGAUUGAAAGCUCUGCAUGUGCAGUAGGACUUCUACAAUUGUGAGCUUCACUGUGGGAAGAUCUGGCUGGACAAAUUUAGUUUGAGAAUUUGUCAUAUAAUGGCAAAAUAUAAUUUUUCCUCUUAGACUAAUUGUUAAUAUUCUCCAGAAAAGUUUUUUCUAAUCUCUCUUGCCUGGAAGUGAAGGCCUGACUGUCAGCCUUUUGGGAAAGGGUAUUAAUAAAGAGGGCUGGGUCGAUGACUAGUGUUAGCGCAUCAUAGACAGUGGUUAAAAUUUUCAGGAACUUUGUGAGCCGUUUGCUAAAUAUGACAAUUAUUAAAGAUUAUGCAAACUUAGAUGUUAUAUUAAAAAAAUCAAAUCAAUAAAUUCUAAAAACUCACUACCCCUGAAUAUUUUAUUACAUUUUGUCAUUAUGGAUGCUCUUGAUAUUAUUUACAUCUAAUCUGUAUGGUGGAAAUACUAUUUAAUGAUAGGCUACCAUGCAUCCCGUCUAAUCUCUGUGAACAGUGAUAUCAUUUCUUAGCUUGAAGCAGCCAUGGUAAGGGUAUUUAUACCACAAGAAUUCAGCAGAUAUUACAGAUAAUUACCCUUGUCUCCACCUCUCCUUACCCCCAACUUGUUAAACAUUUAUAUUUACCAACACACCAUGGACAGAGAUCUAGUACCUAUGCUAACUGAAACUGCCUUCACUUUACUUGGUGAUUCCCUGGUCUGUAUAACCGUCUGUUUUAACCUUCUUUCGAUUAUCUUCAGCCCUUUGCAAGAGAGGGAAGGGCAUUUGUCUGAACAACUGGAUCUGGAAUUGCAUUUCAGAAAGAUAUUCUGGGGCCCCCUGGGUGGCUCAGUUAGUUGAGUGUUCAACUCUUGAUUUUGGCCCAGGUCAUGAUCUCAUGGUUCAUAAGAUGGAGCCCUGUGUUGGGCUCUGUGUGCUGGCAGUGUGGGGCUUGCUUGGGAUUCUCUCUCUCCCCUCUCUCUGCCUCUCCCCUGCUUGCUUGCACAUGUGUGCUCUCCUCAAAGUAAGCUUUAAAAAAAAAAAAAAAAGUUUAGUUUUGGGGCAUCUGGGUGGCUCAGUUGGUUAAGCUUCCGACUUUGGCUCAGGUCAUGAUUUCGUGGUUUGUGGGUUUGAGCCCCACGUUGGGCUCUGUGCUAACAGCUCAGAGUCUGGAGCCUGCGUUGGAGUCUGUGUCUCAUUCGCUCUCUGCCCCUCCCCCACUUGUGCUGUCUUUCUCUGUCUCCCAAAUAUAAAUAAAUGUUAAAAAACAAUCUUUAUUUUUAAGAGAGAGAGAGAGAGAGAGAGAGAGAGAGAGAGAAUGCAAGUGGGGGGAGGGGCAGAGAGAGGGGGAGACAGGAUCUGAAGCAGGCUCCAAGCUGUCAGCACAGAGCCUGACACAGGGCUCAAACCCACAAACUAUGAGAUCAUGACCUGAGCCGAAGUCGGAUGCUUAACUGAAUGAGCCACCCAGGCACCCCAUUUUUUUUUAAAAGAAAGAUUUUCUGUUAACCCUUCCCAUUUAUUCUCUGCUGAUACUUUUGGGGGAAUGUUGUUCCCUGAUGCUUACCUUAGGAUUCAGUUUUCUUAAGUCUUUGAGUCCUCUACCCUUUAGCCAUUUAUAUUUCAUCUUUCCAGGUUUUGUGACUACAGUCUCCAGUUCUCUUCGUACCAUUGGGUUUAUGUGUUUAAAAAAAAAAAAUCUUAGUGUUUGGGGAAGGAGCAACAAAUAGCUUUGUGUUUAGUCCACCAUCCAGUAUUAUCCAGAAGUCUGGGAUAUAAUUCUGGGAAUAAAUAGGUAGAUAACCUUAGCAAUUUAAGGGGGAUCUGAAUGGUCUUAGCCAACCCCUUACUGGUUUGCAAGUCAUAUAAAUGCAGUCAGGAAAUAAUUCUGAUUGUAGAAUAUUUUUCCUUUUCAUAAAGUAGGUGUUGAAUCAUGACCUGUUGUUAGAUUUUUAUAUGGAUGUGUGGGGACGUAAGGAAACACAUAAUACAAUUUCAGGUCACAUAGUUUGUUUUGAGGUGAAUUGGGAUAGUACCUAAUUGUCCCAGGUCUGUAGCAAUUCCUGUUGUCCUUCAUUGGCUGGGUCUGCUGAUCUGGUCACCUCAUCCACUCUGAAGCAGGCAUUUAUUGCUCCCUCAUCUAGCGAGUCUUCAAUCUUCUGACUUUGUCUCCACUCUUAAUCUCUUCUUCUCAAAUACAUUGUCCUUUCCCCCCAUUAGAUUUGAUGUGAUUGGGUUAGGUAGACCCUCUUUUUCCUUAAUUUCAUACCAGGCCACCUCACAGUCCACUAAAUUCUCCCUUAUCUAUUGAUGAUUACCUUUUGGAUAAGGUCAGAGUAGGAAGGUUCUAGGAUACCUGGAUGGCAGCUCAAGUAAAAGCAAUUGCCUGUGAUGUCUCAGAAUGGGGAUGUGGGCCACUCUGGCAUUUAAGAAAUUCCUGGAUUCCUCUAUUGAGGAGUGCAUGUAUUUACAUCUUUUUUUUUUUUUUUUAAUCAUUUUGUGAGGGCAUCUGGGUGGCUCAGUUGAUUAAGCAUCUGACUUCAGCUCAAGUCAUCAUCUUAUGGUUUGUGGGUUCAAGCCCUGCCGCAUCAGGCUCUGUGCUGACAGCUCAGAGCCUGGAGCCCGCUUCGGAUUCUGUGUCUGCCUCUCUCUGUGCCCCUUCCUGGCUCACACUCUGUCAAUCUCUCAAAAAUAAAUAUUAAAAAAAUAAUAAUAAAAAUAAAAGAUUUUGUGGCUCAAGAUAGUGACAGCUAUGGCUAAAAAGAAUAAAUAUUUAAUAAGAUAUAAAAGGAACAAAUAAAUAUUUGACAUUGCACAUGUGAAAUAGAUUAGAUGACCACAUGAACUUUCUUGUUUGUUCACAGUUGUGAAGAUGGUAAUUAUUUCUGUAAGAUCCAGUGUACAGCAGUAUCCAACUGCUAAAGUAAACAUUUCUGCAAAAAGGGCUUCUGGAAACCACUGUUUAUUGCUCCCUUUUCUAGUCUCUCCUUUCCUCACUGUCUUUUGUGUUUCAGUUAGAAGCUUGUAUGUGCUAAUGGCUUUUUCUUUUUGUUUGCUUUGUUUUUAAAAAUCAUUUGUAAUUUCUGGUGAGCUGCUGCCUGGGAAGAAAUUCUUCUCUUAGGAUGGUUUGGGAGGAUUAGGCCAGGUUUUUUCCAUAUGAUUAUGUGCUCAGGUCCAAAAUUCAGACUCAGGAGAGUCUGGAAAGAUUGUUUUUUUUUCUUUUCUGUGUUUUGAACUUUGUAUUCACUUAAAAAAACUCUCAUGAGUCUAUUAAAUCAUCUUGAAUCACACAUUUAAAAGAUCACCUUAUGUGAAAACAAUAGAAUACUGUGAAAUUGGGACUGUCUUAUGAUAUCUAGGUCCUGUGACUGUCAUCCUUAACCAUACCCUUCCUCAGAAAGGGACUUGCAUUUGCUUUGGUAUUGCCCACAUCAUGCAUUUACAAUAGGAAAUCUAUACAUGAGGGACCUUGUCAGCAUGGUUUGGGAAGAAUGAUGGUAACAUUAUGAUAGGUUUAAGGAAAGCUCACUCAGCCAGUUGGUUUUGUCAAGGUGACGGUGAUUGCCUGCUGACCAGCAACCUCAGAAAAGCUCUUUUUCUCAGCCCUAGAUCGUGAAGCAGAGCACUUAGCUUUAAAGUGGUGGUAAACCAGGAGCUGGUGCCACACCCCUCACAUUUUGAAAUGUCCUAAGCCAAAUGGUAGCGUGAAUUUUUUACCAAAUUCAUCAGCAGUUUCUUUUUUCUGCCUCUUCACUUAGGGGACACUUUUAAAAAAUAAGUUUUAUGGUAAGAAAGUUUAAAAAAUUUUUAUGUAUAGUCAUGGUCUUUAUUAAAACUUCGUAAAACAGGCUUACUGUUGAAAUAGCAGAUGGCUGUGAUAAAAUGGGAACAGGUCUGUAAAAAGAAACCAGUGCAGAUUAAAUCAUAAUUAUAAAUAUCUUUAAUAUGAUUCAUUAAGAUGUUUUUCCUUUGGCCUGUUAAUAUUGUGUCCUCUUUUUAUUCAUCUCUUGACAAACCAAAGAAUUUUAAAAAGGACAGAAAAUGAGUAAGGGUGACUUUGAAGUUCUUUUAGAGAUUUUUUAGGACUUGGACUUUCCAAAGUCAAAGAAUCUUGAACUUGUAAGAACAAGGCUGAUGUUGCGUUUUUGUUUUUUUUCUUCAGUGAGUUGCCAAAAUAUGGGUUAUACUUACAAGGAAUACCUGGUCCUUUUGUAAUACAAUGAAUACCACAAGGAUAUUAUUCACAGAUGUCUUAAAAUGGCAAAAGUUCUAUAUGCAUCCCUCCCCUCCACCCCCGCACCACAAAGGAAGAAAGAAAGAAAAGAAAGAAACAAACAAUAGGUGUUUCCCUUAUUUCCUUUGCACCAUUGCCCAAAAUAGGUAUAUGACCUUUUGGAGAGACAACUUGCAACAUUUUUAACUGGUGCCAGUGGUUAGCUCAGUGCCAAGCCCCAGUAGGUGUUUAACAUUUGUUGAAUGGAGAAAUGAAUAACUAUUUCCAAACUGGUACCUCUCCUAUCCAUUCUCUAUAAAGGUACUCCAGGGAUCCGUCAACAAUGCUAAACCAUCCAUUCUACUUCCCCUUUAAAAAUCCUUUAGUGUCCCUCAGCUACUUAAAGUUUGUCUCUCAGUAGUGCCUGUGUGGCUUACUUGGUUGAGCAUCCGAUGUCGUGAUGUCUACUCAGAUCAUGAUCUCAUGGUUUGUGAGUUCGAGCCCAGUGUUGGGCUCUGCUCUGACAGCGUGGAGCCUGCUUCGGAUUCUCUGUCUCUCUCUUUGCCCCUCCCUACCUCAAAAAUAAAUAAACAUUUUUUUAAGUUUCUUUUUUAAGUUUGCCUCUCAGACUUUUUUCCUUUUUAAAUUGUUUUUGGUAUUAUAGAAUUACUGUAUAUACUGUGGUCAGAAAUUCAAACAUUGAAAAUAUGAUGCAGAAAAAAAUGUCCCUGUCAUCCCAAGCAUAACCAGUUUUUCUGUAUUUGCAAACUACACAGUCUUUUCAGUUUUGUUUCACACCAAUGGUAUUAUACUAAAAUACUGUCCCCUCUCUCCUCCAUUUCCAUUGGAUUGCAUGAAGUUUUUAAUAUCAUGGAAAUUAAUCCUUUUUGUAUAUUGCAAAUAAUAUUCUUCCAAUCUUUUGCUUAUCUUUUAACCUUAUUAUGUCUUUUCCCCAAAUAGAUAUUUAGAAUUUGUAUUUAGCCAGAUAUGUCAGUAUUUUGUGUAUGUAUGUAUGUAUGUAUUUAUAAAAAAUGUUUAUUUUUAUUUUGAGAGAGAGAGAGACACACACAGUGUGAGUAGGAGAGGGGAAGAGAGAGGGGGGAGAGAGAAUCCCAAGUAGGUUCCUUGUUGUCAGCACAGAGCCCAACGAGAGGCUUGAUCCCAUGAACCAUGAGAUCAUGACCUGUGGAAAUCAAGAGUCAGACAUUCAACCAACUGAGCCAUGCAGGCACCUCCCCUACUAAGAUUUUAAAAUCAUUCUCUCAUAUUUGACAGCAUUGGAUUUUACAUUUUAUUCAAUCUGUCACUUGUAAGUUUUUAUAAUGAAGUAGGCAUCUACCUUUUCACUCAGAUACCCAGUGAGUUUAUUCAGACAUCCUGCUUUAAUCAAUUAGGGUGUUGUUUUCUUGAACUACUUACUUGUUUCUGCUCUCUUGCCAUACUGUUUUGAUUACUGUAGUAUUUUUGUAUGUUUUGGGAACUUUAUUUUUCCCACAACAAAUCUUACUAUUCUUUUUAAAUUUAGAUAAGAAUUAUAUGUCAUAAGAUUUGCGUUUUAAAAGUAUACAGUUCAUUGGUGUUUAGUAUAGUCACAUAGUUGUGCAGCCAUCACCUCUGAUUCAUUUUCAUCACUCCCAAAAGAAACUCCAUAUCCAUUAGCAGUUGCUUCCCAUUUCUUUGCCCACUGAGUCCUGACCCCCCAACCCCCACCCCUAGGCCCUAGGCAACCGUUAAUCUACUUUCGGUCUCUAUAGGUUUGUCUGUUCCACAGAUGGAUCAUAAAAUAUGUGACCUUUUGUGUCUGGAUUCUUUUACUUACCAUAAUGUUUUCAAAGUUCAUCCAUGUUGUAGUACUGUUAUAAGCACGCUGUGAAGGUACACACGUAAGUUGUAUCUGUCUACAGUGUCAGCUCUAUUCAGUCAUAAAGCAGUGUUAACAUAAUUAUAAAGCAGGUUCAGGAUUCCAAACUCAGUGACAUUUCACCACAUGAUUAACUUGGCUUCUUACACAGCAGAGCACAAGACAAGUCACACAACACACAAGAUCACACAGGGGGUGGGAAAUUAAUGAACCAAAUGAGGAGUCAGUCUGUGAGCGACCAGUUGAGAUCAGGCCUAGGUCCUGUUCGGGUCAGCUCUCAGCACUUAUUGCUUAUUAUGUUCAAGCAGUGAAGGAUCUCACCUCUGUUCAGAGAUCAGUUGGGCAGAGCCUUCCAGCUGCAGCUGCCUUUUUAAAGUGGUCAAAGAGGGGUCAGUGUCUAAAGAGUCUGACAGCUGCAGAAAUCCCCCCCCCUCCACCCUUUAAAAGGAUUUAAUCAUUCUUGGGCCCCUGCAGACCUCCUCUGCUUCUUGUUAUCACUUCUGGGGUGUCAUUAACUGGUGCUGGUCUUGAUGAUAUCUUGUAGCUGCAGUACCCUUAACAGUGUCACUGCUUGACAAAGGCCCUUGUUUGACCUCAGUGACUCCAUCUUGCUCUCUACAAGUACUUGUACCAGUACUUCAUUAAUCCAUUGUAUGUAUACACCGCCAUUUGUUUAUACAUUCAUCCACUAACGGACAUCUCAUUUGUUUGCACCUGUUUUAAAUAGUGCUGCUAUAAAAUUUUGUGUACAAGUAUUUGAGUAUCUCUUUUCAGUUCUUUGGGGGUAUAUACCUAGGAAUAGAGUUGCUGGGUCAUGUGUUAAUUAUUUGUUUCAUGUUUUUUUUUGUUUGAUUUAAGAUUUUUUUUUUUUAACAUUUUAUUUAUUUUUGAGACAGGGAGAGAUAGAGCAUGAACGGGGGAGGGUCAGAGAGAGAGGGAGACACAGAAUCUGAAACAGGCUCCAGGCUCUGAGCUGUCAGCACAGAGCCCGACGCGGGGCUCAAACUCACGGACCGCGAGAUCAUGACCUGAGCUGAAGUUGGCCGCUUAACUGACUGAGCCGCCCAGGCGCCCCUGAUUUUAAAUUUUGAUCUUGUAUCUGGAUUAUACUGGUUGCUGAGUUUGAGAGUAGACCAUAUGGAGAGCAAGAAUAGAAUUCAAAGACUAAUGGGAGACUAAUGCAGAGCCUCUGUUAUGCACCUAAAGCCAUACUGGAAACUCCAGAAGAAAGAGCGACCUCUGGAAAUCAGCAGGGAAACUUUGAGAACUCCUAUGAGCCACCACGAAGCUAUAAAUGAUGAAGAAUGCAAAGCUAGCUACAUGAAACCAAGUGUCUUUCCUUCACCCUCUCUUGGUAAAGCAUCAUCUCGAAAACCUCUUGGGAUUCUUUCUCCAAAUGUUCUGUGCAGUAUGAGUGGGAAGAGUCCGAUAGAGAGCAGCUUGAAUGUUAAAACCAAGAAGAAUGCACCGUCUGCAACAAUCCACCAGGGUGAAGAAGGGGAAGGGCCGCUUGAUAUCUGGGCUGUUGUGAAACCGGGAAAUACCAAGGAGAAAAUUGCAUUCUUUGCAGCCCACCAGUGUAGCAAUAGGAUAGGAUCUAUGAAAAUAAAAAGCUCCUGGGAUAUUGAUGGGAGAGCUACUAAAAGAAGGAAAAAAUCAGGAGAUCUUAAAAAAGCCAAGAUACAGUUGGAAAGGAUGAGGGAAGUCAACAGCAGGUGCUACCAGCCUGAGCCCUUUGCGUGUGGCAUUGAGCACUGUUCUGUGCAUUAUGUGAGUGACAGUGGGGAUGGCGUCUAUGCCGGGAGGCCUCUGUCAGUCAUACAGAUGGUUGCCUUCCUCGAGCAAAGAGCCAGUGCCCUGCUAGCUACAUGUACGAAAAACUGCACUAACUCACCUGCUGUGGUGAAGUUUCCUGGGCAAUCCAGAAGUGUGCCCCCAGCCUCCGAGCCCUUUUCUGCCCCAGGAGCUUGUGAAGAAUCCACGGAAAGGGGAAAUUCUGAGGUUGGUGAACCACAGAGCGAGCCAGUCCGUGUCCUUGACAUGGUAGCCAGGCUGGAGUCUGAGUGCCUGAAGCGGCAGAGCCAGCGUGAGCCUGGGAGCCUCUCGAGGAAUAACAGCUUCCGUCGAAAUGUGGGCCGCGUGUUGCUUGCAAAUGGCACUCGGGCUAAUGAAGGCAAAACAAACAAAGAGGCCUUGGAGGCACCAGACACUCAGGUGAAUCCUGUGGGGUCUGUAUCUGUGGACUGUGGCCCCUCAAGAGCUGACCAUUGUUCUCCCAAGGGGGAUGAGUCCUGGGACGGUGCUCCUCGGGGCUGUCCGUCGUUGCCAGCGAGUGUGAAUUUCCUCAUGGACAGUGCAGAAUUUGAGCCAGAUCAGCAAACUGCCCUGAAAAAUGGCAAUAAAUAUGAUGUGGAGAUGACAGAAGAACUUGUUGGGUCAUCUUUUCCUGUUGGCACCUGCCCUCAAGCCAUUGAAUUGCCCACAGAUGCUGUUGAUUGUCUGAGUAGAGAGCUCGUGCCGCUUACUAGCCAAAAUCCUGAUCAGAGAAGAAAGGAAUCUUUGUGCAUUAGUAUCACUGUGUCCAAGGUAGAGCAAGGCCAGCCUUCUAGUUUAAAGCCCUGUGAAGACCCACUUCCAGGGAUGUUGUUUUUUUUGCCACCUGGUCAGCACCAGUCAGACUGUUCCCAGUUGAAUGAAAGCACAAGGGAGUCUUCCGUUGCCGGCCACCUUCAGGAUGCUGCUGAGGGUGACAGUACCACUGAGGAAAAAAGUGUUUCAGCUGAUUCAUUUGUCCUGCCAGCCUCUCCUGUGGAAAGUACAUUACCGGUGCUUGAGGCAUCCAGUUGGAAGAAGCAAGUGUCUCAUGACUUUCUGGAGACCAGGUUUAAAAUCCAGCAGCUUUUGGAGCCUCAGCAGUACAUGGCUUUUCUGCCCCACCACCUCAUGGUGAAAAUCUUCAGGUUACUUCCCACCAAGAGCUUAGUGGCUCUUAAGUGUACCUGCUGCUAUUUCAAGUUUAUCAUUGAAUACUACAAUAUCAGGCCAGCAGAUUCCCGCUGGGUGCGAGAUCCACGAUACAGAGAGGACCCUUGCAAGCAGUGCAAGAAAAAAUACGUGAAAGGGGAUGUGUCCCUGUGCCGGUGGCACCCCAAGCCCUAUUGCCAGGCAUUGCCCUACGGGCCAGGAUACUGGAUGUGCUGCCACCGGUCUCAGAAAGCCUUCCCUGGCUGUAAGCUGGGGCUUCAUGACAAUCACUGGGUCCCUGCGUGCCACAGCUUUAAUCGGGCAAUCCAUAAGAAAGCGAAGGGGACUGAAACUGAAGAGGAAUACUGAAGUCUACAUGAGAGGCGACAGAAGGACUGGUUUUCUAGGAUUGCAGAACCCCACCUAGAGCUGUAGAGCUACCAUGCGAGUGAGUGUUGCCUCUCAGAGCCGUCACUGUAGGCGAAUCCGUACGUAUUCCAUCAGGACUGCCAUUGCUCAGGCAAUUUUUAAACUCUUGCUUUACGAGCUGUACAAGGAAAUCGGUCUCAUUGUUUUAUAGUGGCACCUCCCAUUUGGUCCAGGGUGGUAUCCCACAGUUUGAUUCACUUGGCUGUGAAUAACUAUGCCUAUUCUCCCAAAUCAAAUCCAUCCUCAAACGACGAAGACUUGCCACCAUCAAGGACAUUCAGAAGAGUUCAUUGCAGACUAUGCAGGCGAUCCCCAAAAAGGGGUUCCAGAAAUGUUUUCAAGCACUGGCACCAUAUUUGAAAUAAGUGAAUAGUGUCCUCUGGAAAGAAUAGCAGCACUCUCGGAUGAAAAGUAUGCUUACAAAGGAAAAGUCAGGCACCUUACCUUAGCCCUUGUAUGCUUGAUCUGUGAGAUUGAGGUUUGUGGUUGGAGAUGGAUUUCAUGCCCUGUGGUGUUUACAGUGUAUAUAAUGGUUGUGUUUUCAUAGGGCUGUGAAAGUGCACAUUAAACCCGAGCGCCUUUACCUUAGAUGAGUGCUUUUGACCCCUCUGUAAAUAACACUAUUAAAUCCAGUUGUAUAGUGCGGAUAGCUGACUGAAGAGAAUCCCCACAAUGCAGCUAGGAUAGUGUUGCGGCUACAAUUGUGUGGGUUUUUGUUUUGUUUUGUUUUUUGGUUUUUUUUUUUUUUUUGGUCUCAUCUUAAAUUUGUACAUCCUGUAUAAAAUAUGAAUGUUUCCCAAAUAAACUAUGAAUGUUUCCUGUAUAAUAUAUGAACGUUUCUGAGAAGAAACUCUAAAUAGUUAAGAGGUUAACCUGUUGAAGAUACCAAAUAAUGGUUUAACUGGACAACCUUAAAAUUAGUAUAGAGAAAAAUCCUUUGUUAUAUUUUAGUGAUCCAUCAAGAAUGAGAGAAUAUUAUAUAGUCAGAUUAUAACAUUCUUGUCUACUUUACUCUUUCUGUCUGGUUAUGAAUUUUUUUUUUAACUUCAAUAAAAACAUGCAUCUUAAAUGAGA